CGAGCAGCCAGCCGUCCGUGCGGCCGGCUGCCCCGUGCAUGCGUCCCGCGCCCCGGGGCCUCGCGCACCGAGCGCCCCGCGAGAGCCGCCACCGGCUCCGCGGCCCCGCGCCCCGCCGCCCCGGGGCCCCGCUCCACAGCGCAGCGCAUGGAGCCCAGCGGGGACCACCGGAGCCGGAGCGGCGGCGGCAGGGGCGGCCCCGGGCCAGCAGCGGCCUCGGCACGGGGCCGACGGCUGCCGCCCGCGGGAUCGAGCGGCGGCACGGAGCCCGAGGAGGACGACGGCGGGCAAGAUCUUCAUCUGGAAGGGGGUGCCUUAGGGUCCUGGGGGAGUGCCCCCCUGCCCUCCUCCAGGGCCAGGGGACCAGCAUCUUCAGGCAGGAAAUACUCAGACCACUGUGAGGCCCGGGCCUCCAGGCCUGGAAAGAGCCGCAUCCCUGGCCGUGACCACCGGAGAUACUAUCAUGACCACUGGCGGCUGGAAUACCUGAUGGACUUCAACCCUGCCCGACAUGGCAUGGUGUGCAUGGUGUGCGGCAGCUCCCUGGCCACGCUCAAGCUCAGCACCAUCAAGCGGCACAUCCGCCAAAAGCACCCCUACUCUCUGCAUUGGAGUCCCCGGGAGAAGGAAGUCAUCAGCAACAGCUGGGAUGCCCACUUGGGGCUGGGGGCCUGUGGAGAGGCUGAGGGCCUGGGGGCCCAGGGGGCUGAGGAGGAGGAGGAGGAAGAAGAAGAAGAGGAGGAGGAGGGGGCUAACCUCCCAGCUUGCCCACCCAAGGGCCCAGGCAAAGCCCCAGCUGGCAGGGGCAGCAGGCGCCAGCGACGAGGGGGCCCAGUGGCACCUAGGGCUCGGCGUCAGCGCCUCUCGGCUUCCUGGAGGGCCAGGGGCAGCAGGGGGCUGGGGGCUCGGCGCCUGGAACGGAGGCUGAAGGAGUCCCUGCAGAACUGGUUCCGGGCAGAGUGUCUCAUGGAUUAUGACCCGCGGGGGAACCGGCUGGUGUGCAUGGCCUGUGGCCGGGCACUGCCCAGCCUGCACCUGGACGACAUCCGUGCCCACGUGCUGGAGGUGCACCCCAGCUCCCUGGGGCUCAGCGGCCCCCAGCGCAGUGCCCUGCUGCAGGCCUGGGGUGGCCAGCCUGAGACACUGUCUGAGCUCACUCAGUCCCCACCAGACGAUGACCUCGUCCCCCAGGACCUGACCAGAAAAAGCCGGGACUCGGCCCCUGCUGCUGGAGCCCCCUCCUCUCAGGAUCUCAGCCCCCCAGACGUAAAGGAAGAGGCUAGCUGGGUCCCUGAGAGGCCCGGGCCGGCAGACAAGGAGGAGGAGCUGGAGGAGGGCAAGAGGGAGGGGGUCCCAGGCCGGUGGCCACGGGGCCGCGACCACCGCCGCCACUACCAGGAGCGCUGGCGACUGGAGUACCUCAUGGAGCUAGACGGCGGCCGGCGCGGUCUGGUGUGCAUGGUGUGCGGGGGCUCGCUGGCCUCGCUCAAGAUGAGCACCAUCAAGAGGCACAUCCGCCAGCGCCACCCGGGCUCCACGCGCCUCAGCGGGCCUGUCAAGGCCCUCAUCGCCCAGGAGUGGAGCGAGAAGGCUGCCCACCUGCUGGCCCUGGGGCUGCCCUCCCCGGAGUCCUCCAAGGACCCUGCCGCCCCCAGCACAGCCGCAGCCUCCGAGGAGGGGGGAGGGGACGAGGAGGAGGAGCCAGAGGAAGAGGAGUGGUGGGGUGAUGCCCCACUUUCUCCUGGGGAGCCGUCUGAGCGGCCUGCGGAGGAAGAAGACGACGACGAGGACGGCCAAGAGCCCGGGGGCCUCGCCUUCCCGCCCCUGCCCCCGCCGCCGCCGCCCCCGCCGCCGCCGCCGCCGCCCCGCAGCAGAGAGCAGCGGCGAAACUACCAGCCGCGCUGGCGGGGCGAGUACCUGAUGGACUACGACGGCAGCCGGCGCGGCUUGGUGUGCAUGGUGUGCGGGGGCGCGCUGGCCACGCUCAAGGUCAGCACCAUCAAGCGGCACAUCCUGCAGGUGCACCCCUUUUCCAUGGACUUCACGCCCGAGGAACGCCAGACCAUCCUGGAGGCCUACGAGGAGGCGGCGCUGCGCUGCUACGGCCACGAGGGCUUCGGGCCGCCGGCGCCGGCGCCGCGCGACGGCGGCUCGGACCUAAAGGCUGGUGCCGUGUGUCGGGCGUGAUGGGCGUAGCGGACUCGCGGGCCGGGCAG